GGAAGUGAUGCAAACAGCUCAGCCAAGUAACGCUACAUUAACCCCGAAAAAACAAACUUAGGUUCCACUUUUGCAGCCAUGCCAGUGUGGUUUUUGUUGGCGAAACGAUAUGUUAAAGGGACACACCUUCUGAAUUUAACCUGUUUGCAACAUACCCGUUGCAACGUGUUACUCUGAGUCAAGGUCAGUUUUUUUUUGAAAGGGAAGUGUGCAUUUGUAACAUGUUAGUGCAGCUAGCAGCGUACUAGCGCUUAGCAUUAGCAAACACGAAGCUAUACUGUGGACGCGCACUAAGCUGAAGCAGGAGAAGCUUGUGAAAGAGGAUGGAUAGUGUCAGUUGGAGCGCCACAAGGGCCCAAGAGUCAUUCAGUCGUUCUGUGAAAUCAGCAGACACUCUGUCCAAACUUGCCAGCUUCAUUGCACGGGCUGAAACAAAACAAAGCACACGAAACCAGCGGCAGCAACCAUCCCACCUGCCCACAUAUGUUUGUCAGGAAUGUGGUAAGGGCUUCCCUUAUGCAACAGAUCUGUUGCACCACCAGGAAUUAAAACACACUUUACCCAAGCCUCACCGGUGCCCCUUUUGUGGGCAGGAGUUCUCUCUGAGGUCAUCCUUACAUUUACACAAGUGUGAACAUGAGUCCUCACUUUGUGAACUUUGUCAUGGGGAGUCACGGCUUGGUUCUCCAUGUCCUGCAUGUACAGUUCAUACCUCCGAUCCGGACAGACCGCAGGACAAGUCGCCUCAUCGCCAGCCUCACCUCCUGGACAGCAGCCCUUAUGCAUGUGCGCCAUGUGGAAGAGGUUUCAGCCAGAAGCAAGCUCUGCUACACCAUCAGCAGGCAGGCUGUAGUGAACCACCAUCUCCAUCGUAUAUAGUUGAUACCAGUAGCCUUCCAGAUGAUUCUCCACCAGUUUCUGAGGGAGACUCGAUCCGCUCUGAUUCUUCAGACGCCCCAGAAUCCAGCAGCAGAGCCAUCAGUAUGUGCCAGUUUUGUCCGAGAACCUUCCGCACAGAUGUUGGACUGCAACGUCACAAACAGAUCAACCAUGCAGAGGAGUUGCUAGUGGCUCUACAAGGACAAAAAGCCAAAGCGGAAGGUACUGGUGGAGAAGCACGAAAAGGGGAGAAUACCAAAGUGGAUGGAGAUCUUGUGAAAAGGCCAAAAUCCAGAAAGAAGCUUUUGAACUGUCGAUCUUGUGACAUGGUUUUCAGGAGCACCUCUAAGCUGUAUCUGCACAGAAAAGAGAAGCACAGCAGGGAGAAAAAUAUCAGGAGAGAACCAAGGCCUGUCAUGAGCAAACGCAGAGGAGGAGGCACAUAUCUGUGUCAGGUUUGUGGAAAAGUCUUCUUCCAUCAUUUGUCUCUUAGGGCACAUUAUAGGCAACACACAGCCUUAGGCUUCACCACAAUCAAAAAUAAAGGAUGUACCACCAAAGACUCCAAGUUACCAGAAGGUAGACCAAAUAAAGUAAAAACCAACAUAGCAGGUAACAAGACAAUUAAGGCUGGUCCAGGCAGGCCAAGAAAAGUGGCCAAACUAAAGAGCAACGUUACUGAUGAAGAGAGAUGCAGAAAAGUGCCUGAAAUGGAGGAGGAUGAAGAGAUUGAAAAAGAGUUCCCAUGCCCCUCCUGUGCAGAGGUUUUUUCUGAGCAGUCGCAGCUAAGGGAGCAUGUGGAGCUCCACCAGUCCUCCAUGAAGAGAGGACAGUGUAGUGUGUGCACAAACGAGAUGGACACCUGUAAAUGGCUGGGCUCCAAGAGACAGAGGCUGUACCACUGUGUGCCCUGCCAGCAGGGCUUCUCGGUGCUGGACUCUUUCCUAGAACAUUGUCAGGAGCACCUGCGAGUCAGGGUGGAGGAGGACAGCAUCACAGAGGGAUACACACAUCCGACCAGCAAAGCCUGAGAUUCCAUUUGAAUGUCUGUAGUGAUUGCCUUUUUGCCUUGAAGGAUCAGAAAUCGGAUAAAAAUGAAAUCUUUAUGAAACUCUUGCUGAUUAUCCAGUUAAUUGAUUCAGCAUUCAGAACAUCUUUUUACAUUUACUCUGUUGGUUGAUUGUUAGACAUACCCACAUUUAAAGGGUUAGAGAGAAUGAAUUGCUAAAGGACCAUACCAAGGUUUUUGCAUGUUUUUGGCUAAGUUCAGAGGUAUCCAACUGGUGCUCACAGGACAAGUUAGCCCACCUCAAGUUUCUAGCAAAACAAAAUAAAAAACAAUUUAAAACAAAUUAUAAUAAUGUUCAUGCAGUUUGAUUUUUUGUGAGGUAUAAUGUUAAUAUGUAUAUAUGGAUAAAUGCUUUUGUAGGAUUCCUAAAUAUGACUUUUCAUAAUCUGAGCACAGCAGGCAGAGUGAUACUUUACACAUGAAGUGUGUUAAGGGAACUUUGGGAUUCUUUGUACCAUUUUGCAUCCCAACAAUACAAUGGAUGAUUACUUUUGACCUGUGGCCCAACAUUAAGAUUCAGUUUUGUUUCUGCAGUGGAAAAUGUUUGGGCACCCCUGAUCUAGCCCUUAUACUAGGAAUUCAUAUUGCAUAUUUUACUGCCAAACAAGACAAGGAGGAAAUGUUUGUCAGUCAUUUCUAUCCCACGAGCACUUAUGUGCACCAAUAAGAACUCUUUUCAAAUUAACAAUUAUACAUUGAACAUAAAGACAACUUCAACAAAACAGAAGUCUGCUAGUUAAUCCCUGCACAGUCAUUGAAAACCUGUUGGAGUCUGACAAGAUGACUUGAAAACAUGCAAAAACACCAGUGUGCUUCUGUGAUAGUUUGGCAUUGUUGAUUUGCCAUGACUUUUCCCAAAAAAUCUGUAAGUUAACAUGAUCUCAUCCUAGCCAAAGCACUGCCAGAGAUGUCUUUUCUUUACCAGAGUUUAUUUUUACACCAGACAUCUGGAGUGCUUCGACCAGCCAAGGUCAGAUAUGUCUUCUGCUGUAUUUUUGUUAUUUUUCUUACAGUUUUUGCAAUAAUUCUGGUAUUAAUCGUAUUGGACCUGAGCAUGUGCAUUGAAUGUGUAGCACUGCUGAGAGCACGUGAUGGAAAUUUAGCCGUUUGAUGAAAACAUCAACGUAUUUCAAGUACUGACCUAUGAACACAUUCAUGUGCUAUCUCAAGGUUCCAACAUGUGGUAGUUGUUAAUACCAUAAUGUAUUAAAGGAACAAACUUUUAAUUGCUGUCAUGGAUACUUCUACCCAGUACAAUGCCUUUCAGUAUGGCCUGUCUUUUUAGCUGGCGUGUUCUCGGGUGACAUUACCUAGCUAUGCAAAGAGACUGGCGGCAGCCCUACAGUAUGUCUGUGACGCUUGAUAACUGUGCGAUGGUGAGUGAACUAGGAUCAUCAUGAGGUUUUUUUUUUUCCCUAAAGAAGUUUCAACUACUGUGAAAAUGUAGAAAAUUAUUUAAUAGGGUCUGAAGCCUCUACUUUUCCAGGUUUUUUGUAAAUUAGUUUAAGGCUCUUUAUAGAUAACAUAAUUAAAACAUAAAAAUUCUC